UUAAGUUGUUCCACGGAGUAGCGUAACAGGGUCAUUAAGUACUCCUGACAACCCUACUUCUUUCCCAGCGUUAGGGUUUUUGCCUCUGCUUCCCUCCAUCGCCGCCUUCCCCUUUCCUCCUUCCCACCGGCGAAGAGAAGAAACCCUUGUCGCCAUGUCUCUGAUCGCGAACGAGGAUUUCCAGCACAUCCUUCGUGUGCUUAACACGAACGUGGAUGGCAAACAGAAGAUCAUGUUUGCCCUUACCUCCAUCAAGGGUAUCGGCCGCCGCUUCGCCAACAUCGUCUGCAAGAAGGCCGACGUCGACAUGAACAAGAGGGCUGGGGAGCUCUCAGCCGCAGAGCUUGAGAACCUCAUGACAGUUGUAGCAAAUCCCCGUCAGUUCAAGAUCCCAGAUUGGUUUCUGAACAGAAAGAAGGACUAUAAGGACGGUAGAUACUCACAGGUGGUUUCAAAUGCGCUGGACAUGAAGCUGAGGGAUGACCUUGAGCGCCUGAAGAAGAUCAGGAACCACCGUGGUCUACGUCACUAUUGGGGUCUUCGAGUUCGCGGUCAACACACCAAGACUACUGGAAGGAGGGGAAAGACUGUUGGUGUUUCAAAAAAGCGAUGAAGCCUCUCUCCACACCUGUAUGCGUUGUUUUUUGGGAUUUCAACGUCCAAGCAGAUAUUAGAAUUCUAUUCUCUAUCAAAGGCUGAACUUUCGAGGGUUUUCAAGCAGGUUUUUUUUUAGUUACAAUCUUGGUAAUUUCUGGGACUUCGAUGUGUUUUUUCUGUUGUGGUGUUGUGAGCUAAGUUUGCUGCUCAUUUUUAAUGUCCAACAGUCUUGGUGAGCUCAUAAGGUUUUAAUUCCAUUUUGGAAGCUUGUUUUGCUAAGCAUUGGUUCUGGACAAGUUGACAAUGUUAGCCACUGAGUAGCUUGUUUCCAGUGAAUCAUGUUAUGAUAGGUUUGGUGGAACAAAAGUUCUUAUUUGAUGUGAUUAUGACCAUUUGCUUCUGGCG